UUCCCUUCCUCUCCUCUCUCUCUGCGCGCUUUAAAGUCUCCGCCAGGCUCCCGGCUCGCCUCUUGGAUGGAGACUUCCUGCCGGGAAGAAUGGAAAGCUUCCAGCCGCGGCUCCGGCUCUGGCUGUGGUUCUCGCCCUUGGCUCGCUUCCUCGGCCGCUUCCUCGCCUUCCAGCCGCGGGAUGGACUGAGCUCUGCGCCGGGAAGAAGGACCCUCCGCUCCUGCUGAAUUAGAAGAAGAAGCAGCGGCGGCGGUUCGGAGAGAGAGAGAGAAGGAAGAAGGACCUCGCUUUGGCUUUGCGCCUUUUCUUUCGCCUCCUCUCUCCAAGAAUGCCUUCUUCGGCGCGCUGGCCUUCCCGGGAGCAACCCGCCUGAAGAGCCCCGCCAGGGAGAGAGAGAGAGAAAGGGGGGCUUUUGCUCGGAUCCUGCUCCGGAUCGUCGCCAGGAAGUUGUGAAAGCCUUGCUCCUUUGGAGCCGAACUCUGGGACUCCCUUAAAAACACAAAUCCCUCUUUUACGCACAGCAAAGCGAGGCAUCUUUUUACGCACAGCUUUGGGAAGAAGGAAGCGAAGCAAACUCGAGCGCCCAGCGUUGCUUGUUUUUUGGGUGGCUUGGACUGGAAGGACCCUUGACUCUUGUCUCCCAUUUCCAUAUAUAUUUUCCAACCCCCCUAUCUUAGAACCGGCCUCCCUUCCUUUGUUUCCAGCCUAGCGUGCAAGUUUUUGCGCCCUUUCCGGCAAGUUUUGGGGCUUUUGUUGGCGUGCCCGGGUCCCCCCGAGUGGAGAAGCUCUCUCUCCUGAAGCCUCUCCCCCUUUCUCUCCACAUCUCAAUACUUCAAAGAGAAGAAGACCCAAUCCCUCUCCCCCCUUUUUGCUUUUUUCGAUGUUCGGCUUUGGACAUGCGGAGGCUACUGCAACCGUGUUGCUGGAUCUUUUUCUUCAAAAUCACCGUCUCCGUGCUCCAUUACGUGGUGUGCUUCCCCGCUUUGAUUGAAGGUUAUGAUGGCUCCCUUCAUGAAAGCAGACAUGGCAGUUCAGUACAGAUCCGGCGGCGGAAGGCAUCUGGGGAUCUUUACUGGGCAUACUCAGGUGCAUACGGUCCUGAGCACUGGGUUAGUUCAAAUUCGGACUGUGGGAGAACUCACCAGUCUCCAAUAGACAUCAUUGAUCAUCAGACACACGUUGGAGAAGAAUAUCAAGAAAUACAUCUAGUUGGUUUUGAUAAUGAAUCUUCAAAUAAGACUUGGAUGAAAAAUACUGGGAAAACUGUUGCCAUCCUUCUAAAAGAUGAUUACUUCAUCAGCGGUGCUGGACUCCCAGGCAGAUUCAAAGCUGAGAAAAUUGAGUUUCACUGGGGUCAAAGUAACGGCUCAGCUGGCUCAGAACACAGCAUCAAUGGGAGGAGAUUCCCUGUUGAGAUGCAGAUUUAUUUCUACAAUCCUGAUGACUUUGACAGCUUUGGAUCAGCUGUCCAAGAGAAAAGAAUAAUAGGAGCGAUGGCUGUCUUUUUUCAGGUCAACCAGAGGGAUAAUCCAGCACUGGAACCUAUUAUCCACGGGUUGAAGGGUGUCGUCCAUCAUGAGAAAGAGACCUUCUUGGAUCCUUUCGUGUUAAGAGAUAUCCUGCCUGCAUCUCUGGGAAGUUACUAUCGGUAUGCAGGGUCCCUGACUACCCCACCUUGCAGCGAGAUUGUGGAGUGGAUAGUUUUUCGGAUGCCUGUUCCCAUCUCUUAUCGCCAGCUGGAAGCCUUUUAUUCCAUAUUUACCACAGAACAGCAAGACCACGUCAAAUCCGUGGAAUAUCUGAGGAAUAAUUUCCGGCCUCAACAGAGUCUGAACAACAGGGUAGUUUCCAAGUCUGCUGUGAAGGAUGCUUGGAACCAAGUCUCAACCAGCAUCUUUGAAAAUCCUCUUGGUACUGAAGCCUCCAAAGUCUGCAGUACUCCUCCUGUCAACAUGAAAGUAAAAUCAGUAAACAGAACAGCCUUGCUGGUGACCUGGAAUCAACCAGAGAUGAUCUAUCAUCCUCCCAUUAUGAACUAUAUGAUUUCCUACAGCUGGACUAAAAAUGAAGAUGAAAAGGAGAAGACUUUCACCAAGGACAGUGACAAGGACCUGAAAGCCAUCAUUAGCCAUGUCUCACCUGACAUCCUUUAUCUGUUCAGAGUUCAAGCAGUUUGCCGAAAUGACAUGCGCAGUGAUUUUAGCCAGACAAUGCUUUUUCAAGAUAACACAACUCGGAUUUUCGAAGGGACCAGAAUAGUAAAAACAGGAGUGAAUAAUGGGCACAAUGGAGUGUUUGGAAAGAAAAGGAAAACAAAAGGAAAAAAGAGCCGAGGUAGCAUGUCAGGUACCUCUACUGAUGCUCUCUCUGCUGUGUUUUCUUCUCUUGUUCCCCCUGGUGAUUUCUUCAAGCCUACAGCUUCGCCGGCACCUUCAGCCGACAUGGCUCCCAUCAGUUCUGGAUCUUCUACUUGGACCUCCUCUGGCCUCCCCUUUUCUUUUGUGUCCAUGGCCACUGGGAUGGGGCCUUCUUCUAGCGGGAGCCAAGCAACAGUGGCUUCAGUGGUCACCAGCACCUUGCUUGCCGGCCUUGGGUUUAGCGGGAGUGGUAUUUCCUCUUUUCCUAGUACUGUUUGGCCAACUCGACUCCCAACAUCUGCUUCUUCCAACAAGCAGUCCGCUAGGCCAGUUGUGGCCACUACUGAGGCAUUGUCUUCUCCAGGACCAGACAGUGAUUCUGCUCUCCCAAAAGACAAUGAAGGAGCAGAGGAUGGAGAGAAGGAUGAGAAAAGUGAAAGUGAGGAUGGAGAAAGAGAGCAUGAAGAAGAAAGGGAAAAGGAUUCAGAAAAGAAAGAAAAGAGUGCGACGACAGAGGCUGCUGAUGUACAGGAUAACAGUGAGGUUACAAAUACCACUCUUGCUCCCAACAGAACUACGGAGGAGGGAGGGAAUAAAACCAUACCUGAUCGAGAGCAAAGCCAAAACAUUCUCCCAACGGGUAGGACGCCCAAAGGAGAAGGAAUUACAGAAAUAGACACUCAGUUUGAAAUAGUCUCAUCCACCCAAGUGCCACCAGCGUUCACAGAUGAACAAUAUACUCGUGAAAUUCCACGAAGACCCGACACAGCAUCAGUGACAACGUUACCAAAAGAUAACAGAUUUAUUACUAUUAAUCCAGCGGACAAGAAUAUUUCCAGUAUGGCAACAAGACCAGCUCCUGGAAAAAUGGAAUGGAUCAUUCCCCUCAUCGUAGUCUCAGCCUUGACAUUUGUGUGCCUCAUUCUUCUUAUUGCUGUGCUAGUUUACUGGAGAGGGAGUAACAAAAUAAAGUCCAAGGGCUUGACCCGCUAUUUCCAUGGAGUCUCUUCUUCUCAGGACAGAGGAAAGAAGGGGAACAGAAAAUGUUUCCAGACAGCUCACUUCUAUGUGGAAGACAGCAGUUCACCUCGAGUGGUGCCAAACGAAACCAUUCCCAUUAUUCCCAUUCCAGAUGACAUGGAAGCUGUUCCUGUCAAACAGUUUGUUAAGCAUAUUGGUGAACUAUAUGCCAACAACCAGCAUGGAUUCUCAGAAGACUUUGAGGAAGUGCAGCGUUGUACAUCCGACAUGAACAUCACCGCUGAACAUUCCAAUCACCCUGACAACAAGCACAAAAACAGAUAUAUCAACAUUUUAGCAUAUGAUCACAGUAGAGUGAAGCUAAGACCUUUACCAGGAAAAGACUCGAAGCACAGUGACUACAUUAAUGCCAAUUAUGUCGACGGUUACAACAAAGCAAAAGCCUACAUUGCCACCCAGGGACCUUUGAAGUCAACAUUUGAAGAUUUCUGGAGAAUGAUUUGGGAGCAAAACACUGGAAUUAUCGUCAUGAUUACAAACCUUGUGGAAAAAGGAAGAAGAAAAUGUGACCAAUACUGGCCAACAGAAAACAGUGAAGAAUAUGGAAACAUCAUUGUCACCCUGAAGAGCACAAAAGUACAUGCUUGCUAUACAGUCCGACGUUUCACAGUCAGGAAUGCAAAAAUGAAAAAGGGAAAUCCUAAAGGACGUCAGAAUGAAAGGACAGUCAUUCAGUACCAUUACACACAGUGGCCUGAUAUGGGUGUGCCUGAGUAUGCACUGCCAGUGCUGACAUUUGUGAGAAGAUCUUCUGCAGCCAGAACUGCUGAUAUGGGCCCUGUGAUCGUGCAUUGCAGUGCUGGCGUUGGCAGAACUGGUACCUACAUUGUUAUAGACAGUAUGCUGCAACAGAUAAAAGACAAAAGCACAGUGAAUGUCCUGGGUUUCUUGAAACACAUCAGGACACAGCGCAACUACCUCGUCCAGACAGAGGAACAGUAUGUUUUCAUUCACGAUGCCUUGCUGGAAGCCAUUCUUGGGAAAGAGACUGAAGUUUCUGCCAACCAUAUACACAGCUAUGUUAAUAGCAUCCUCAUACCUGGAAUUGGGGGCAAGACUCGACUAGAGAAACAGUUCAAGCUGGUUAUGCAGUGCAAUGCAAAAUAUGUGGAGUGCUUCAGCGCCCAGAAGGACUGCAAUAAAGAAAAGAAUAGGAACUCAUCAGUAGUGCCAUCCGAGCGAGCAAGAGUGGGAUUAGCACCAUUACCUGGAAUGAAGGGGACUGAUUACAUUAAUGCCUCUUAUAUCAUGGGCUACUACCGGAGCAACGAGUUCAUCAUCACACAGCAUCCCCUGCCACACACAACUAAAGAUUUCUGGAGAAUGAUCUGGGAUCACAAUGCGCAGAUCAUUGUCAUGCUUCCAGAUAACCAGAGUUUAGCAGAAGAUGAGUUUGUGUACUGGCCAAGUCGGGAGGAAUCCAUGAAUUGUGAAGCAUUUACUGUGACCCUUAUCAGCAAAGACAGGCUGUGCCUCUCUAAUGAGGAGCAGAUCAUCAUCCAUGACUUUAUCCUUGAGGCUACUCAGGAUGACUAUGUUUUGGAAGUACGUCAUUUUCAGUGCCCCAAAUGGCCAAACCCAGAUGCUCCAAUAAGCAGUACCUUUGAACUUAUCAAUGUCAUUAAGGAAGAGGCCUUAACAAGAGAUGGCCCAACCAUUGUUCAUGAUGAAUAUGGAGCAGUGGCAGCUGGAACUUUAUGUGCCCUUACCACCCUAUCCCAGCAACUGGAGAAUGAAAAUGCUGUUGAUGUUUUCCAGGUGGCAAAGAUGAUCAAUCUGAUGAGGCCUGGAGUAUUCACAGACAUUGAGCAGUACCAAUUUCUUUACAAAGCAAUGCUAAGCCUGGUCAGCACUAAAGAAAAUGGAAAUGGCCCCAUGGCACUGGACAAAAAUGGUGCCGUUAUGGCCAACGACGAAUCUGAUCCUGCAGAAAGCAUGGAGUCUCUUGUCUAAUUUGAAUAUUAAAAAGGCACUUAAUUUGUGGGAUUUCUGAAGACUGAGUGUACUUUUUGAGGCCUUUUUUGCCAGACUCUAGGUUAUACAAUAACCCAGUUACUUUUUUACACUGAUAAAAAGUUUUGAUAUUUAUUUUUGCCAUUUUAUGUCUUAAUGGUAUCCUACUGAGCAUUUGCACCUCUGUUUAUUUCACACAGUGAAACGCAAUUUUAUCUAGUUUGCACUAUAUGAUCAGUGUUAACUGCCUAUAAAGUUGUAAUACAAAAGCAAGCAAGCAAACAAACCCUGAUGACAUUCCAUGACAACAAACAUGAUACUAAUUAGUUGAAAUGCCAUGAAGUUUUGUUAAUUACUAUGAGCCUUGACUCUGAAGUUUUGAGUACUAGACCGGGAUUCAUUUUUUAAUACAAGAAAAUGCUGUACUCUUCAACACCGUCAAAUACUUACUUGUUUAAUUUUCAUAUAUCGUAAGUUUGGUAAUUGUUAUAGGUCUUCUGUAUUGCGGUAACAUGGAUGAGUAUUCUUUAAUUUUGGGGGUGGGGAAAGAUUGCUGGGAUGAACACUAGCUAGACUGAAGUGCAAGUGUAGGUUGAGUAACUGUUUUACAUUCUUUUGGGUUUUUCUUUUGUUUACAUGGAGACCUAAGGAUUGUUUUCUAUGUAACACAAAUAAUUACAUUCCCCAAACAAAGAACAAUUCAGAUCUAAGAAUCAGUCUUAUAUAACUUCACCGAGCCCCCAAUUGUUCUUAAUAAGAUUUUUAUUUCAAUAUGGAAAAUAUUUGACCAUGAUUCCAUAAUAGACAGUUUAAUACUAAAAGGUGCAACAGUGUACAAUCAAGUCUUUUUAUUCUGAAAGCAUUUAAGUGGCAAUAUUGCUAAUUAUCGCAUAUUCACAAUUUCACACAGAUAUUUCCUUAAUUCUUCUGGAACAGGAACUCUAUCUGUACAGUAUGUUACAUGAUGGAGAAUGGGAUUCUUAAUUUCAUAGCUAUUAGAUGCCAUUUUUAUGGGUGUAUAAUUUUCAUACUUCAGUGCUAAAACAUACUGAUCCAUAUUACUGGUGAAGCGAUCUAAUAAAAAACUACCUAUAACAUUACACUCUUUUUGGAAACCAAAUUAUUUAGCAUACAUCUCCAGUUUGCUUAGUUUCAUUCCCACAUAUUACACGUAUACUAUACAGCAUUAUUCUAUUCACAUGUACUCGGGACUAAGUCAGACUGAGUCAUGGGCCUUAUUCCAGGUGUCUAUACAGGAUUGCAGCCUUAAUCUAUUUCAAAUCCAAGGAAACUCGUUGCCACUGAUUAGCCAAAAAUGUAAAUCCUUGUUUCAGAUGAUUUUAAGAUGCUGUUUGCAGCUGCUGCUUUUCAAAACUUUCGAUAUAGUUCAGUUAUGUGCUUACAUAUUAACAAAUUAAAUUCCAGUGGGGGACUUGGUUUCAUUGCCAAAACCAUUUGCAGUCAAUAUACUGUAUAUAUGAAAAAUGAAUGCUCGCUGGAGAAAGAUUAGAAGAGUGGACUUUGCUCCCUGUAAGUAGCUCUCAAUAUAAUUAGCAGCAAGAGUUUUACUGGCUAAAAUGAAUCAUGACUGCCCAAAUUAAUCAAGUAGAAGCAGCUAGUGCUCUGAGUUUCAAACUGAAUUGGUUUCUUUGAGAAAGACCCCCAAAUAUGCAAUUAUUUAGGUAAGGACUGGUGGCCACAGAGACCAAGAAUACGGGCUCCUCCUACCUACAGAUUUUAUUACUUAUUUCUCCACUAGUUAUCACUCAUAGAAGAGGCUGUGAUUAUUCAUGAUCAGACAAUACAGAUAUUGAUCUAUCUGUCACUGGAAUGAUAGGAGUGUCACUUUGACUGUACCAUUUCAGACUGCAUUUGGGGACUCCCAUAAUGUAACAGGAGAGAAAAAAACUGGCCUAGAGGUUUAGCUAUGUAGGUAGGUCUAGCUUAGCUGCCUUCUGCCAUUUUGUCCUACCAUAUGAUACCCACCCCACAGCUCUGAAAUGGCACAAGCACACAUUUACCAAUCCAGUGAGAACUAAGUUACUGUAUGUUCUAAUAACACCAUAUAAUUGUCUAUAGAUCCAAGCCCACCUUGAACCGCUCAUUUUGAAAAUAAAUCAUUGAAAACAACUGAAUUACUGUGAAUGGUCAUUCUUGAAUGACAGGGGCAAUCUAUAUACUCUGGGCUUAUUCUCCACAUCAAUAGAUGACACGGAGGGAUAACCCGAGAGUACAUGGAUUGUUCCUCCAUGCCAGCCAGGGAAUGUAACAUUUUCUAAUAAUGCAGCAACAUUAACACUUACAAAACUACUGUAUAUACUCAUGUAUAAAUCUAGAAAUUUUAGUUAAAUAAUCACUGAAAACCUGAGCCAACGCAUUCUAGGUCAAUGUAAGUACUGUACCUUAACACUUAUCAAAAAAGGGAACCAUCAUUUCUUUGAACAGAGUGGUGAAAAUCAAGCAUUUACUUCAUUCUUGGACAGCAUUGAUCCCUUAUGCUGUCUCCACUAACGCACCACUUCUGGUCUUUAUGAAUAGCUGUGCAGUAAAGUAGUAGCAGUGGUACCAAGGUGUGUUUGGCACUGGCACAUUCCCCUCUCUGAUGAAUAAUAAUAGUUAUUAUUCUUUACUUUAUUUCUUCCCCUCUUUUCUUCUCAUGGGGACUCAAGGCAAUGACAUGACACAACCCAAUAAAUUUAAAAACAGCAAAUUCAAAAAUUAAAAACAGUUAUAAUACAAUUAAAUAUGGUAUGAUGGAUAUAAGUUAAAACACAGUUAAGAUACAAUAAAAAAUGCUUGUGUAAUUAAUAAUAUGACCCUUGAUGUAUCUACAGAUCAAAAUACUUAGUUUGCCCCCAAAACCUACCUUCAACUUAUACAUGAGGUCAACUUAUGCAUGAGUAUAUAUGGUAUGUGCAUUUAACCUCAAACACUUGUACAAAUCAUUCUGAAUAUUACAGGAAUUGCUGUGCAAAUAGUAGGCAUCUAUGUCAUUACAAUGUAUAGGCUGAAAUGCAUUCUAAGUCUAUACCCACAGGACCAAACAGGGCAAAUGAUCUUUUGGAAUGAUUUCAGCUGUUUUCUCUGCAAAUGUAUGAAAUAGUAAAAAAAAAAAAAAAGGACAUACAUUGAAAUGUACACACAAUCAGGUAAUGCUAAUAUAAAUGGUCAUCACUUAAAUGAACAAAACAAAAACAGAGCUCUAUUAUAUUACCUCUAUAGAUAUGACCUAUUGUUUUCAUGGAUUUCUUCCUAAGAAGAAAUCAAGAUUGCACCAAACAAGCUACAUGUCUAAUCCUUUGCCAUAAAAAGUCAAGAAAUCUAGAACAGUUUAUUCAGAAGAAUUCAGAAUUGUUGAUAUUGCCAGAGGAGCUGAAGUGUCUAUUCCAUCCUCUAGUUUCUCCUCAAGCCUAUUCAAAUCCUGUUUUUUUCUUAACCAGAUGCUUACUUCUUGAAAUACUUCUUGCUAAAUUGUAAUGAGGUGUGAAAAGAAUCAGAUCAGUCGGAAACUGGUGCCACAAAGUAACAGCUAUUCUUAAACUGAUCCACCAAACAGCAGUUUGUAAUUAUUUGUAAUCACAUAGUCAUGCUCCUCUCUCACAUUACUGCCCAUUUUAGAUUUUUGGAUGAAAUUAUUAAUGUGGCAUUCAAGAACCUACAAUGCAAAGCCGCAGGAAGAUCCUACUUCAUUAUUUGACAAAUCCAUUGAGGUCUUUGGGGUUUUUUGUGUAUAUUAGAACACACACAAGAUCUAGUGCCCCCCAUUAAUAGAUUGCAUUAAGGGACACUCACCAGAGAGGGGCUUAAUUAAACCAUUACAUUGUGUCAUACCUCAGAUUGACUUUCCAGAAGCUGCACUCAACCCCCUUUCAAAUUCUGCCAUCUAUACUGCUUCUGCCAAGACUGAGGCACACUUGCUUGCAUUGGCAUCAGGGACUGCAGUGCUCCCAUUGCUGGCAAUGGGCGCUGCUUCAGGAAAUUACAACUUUUGAGCAUGAGAUGAAUAUUGAUCAUUUCACAUCCAAAAUUCUGUGGCAAGAAAUGACUGACUGAAUAUUUAAAAGAGGGUUGUUUUCCCUGAAAUUAAUUUGACUUUGUUGCUAACUUUUCAUUUUAAACUUGUUUUGUGGAUGGGAUACUGCAGAGGAAAAUGAAUAUGUUUGUGACAAGACUGCCUGGCUACAAUUAAGUAAAUUCCUUUAAAUCUAUACUAAGUCCUGCAAGUUUGAGUAUGGGAGACGGAACGGGAGAGAGAAAGACAGAAUGUGGGUUUUAAGUCAAAAUAUUGGCCAGUAAAGUUAAACUGCUCUGCAAAGCCAACACAAUCUGAAUUGUCAUUUCAGGAUGUUUCUUUUAACAUUUAUGCAUAAACUGAUUCAUAAAUAUAUAGAUUCAUUUAAUAUUCAUAACCCUUCUUUUUACCUGCUUACAGAAAACAGGCUGCAAUUAGCAGGAAAAGAGGUGAUUAGCAAAGAUGCAUUUAGGAAGAACAGUUUGCUGUUCCAAGUAAAAGUCAAGAAAUGUCAUAAUAUAGAUUUACCGUGACAUUAAAAGACUACAGUUCUCAGCUUCAGGUUAGAAUUCCUAGCUUGUCCUAAAGCAGCUGUGUAGAACUAUGAGCCCAAAUCUAAAAAAAAAAAUAAGAGCCAAACAAAUAGGGCCUAUCCAUUGCCUGGAUUCACUCAUAUUUUGGUUAUGCAAACAGCAGCAGAAUAGGAUCAUUAGUAUGAGCUGGAAAUGAGGAAUUCAACGCUUUCUCUCAGCUAUAUUCCACAUAAAUAUAACUUGACAGAUUUGGAAAAAGUAGAGGAAGAAAAUUUGUUAAUCUUGUUAAUGAGUUGGAACUCUAUAUAUAUAUGAAAAAUAUUCACAGAUUUAGAAUUUUAAUUAUAUACUACCACUUGUCCUUACUGGACUGAAGUUCUAUAUACAUCAUAAGGCAGAAAAUACUUCCUUAUGACAUUGCAUUAAUUUGUAAACAUCAGGUUUUUUCCAACUUGUUUUCUAAUUAGUCUAGAAAUAAACCUGGACACUCAUAUUCACUUCCUUCUGAAUUUAGAUUAUCACCACAAAGCCAUACAAAAUUGUAUGUCUUUAUAUCCAGAUCUAUUAGCAAAAGAAAAUAACCAAGGUUGAUAUUCAGCAUCAGGAGAUGGUGAUGUUCUCCCAAUAUGUCACCUCAACAUCCACCUUAGAAGCUAGACAGAUGUAGCAACAUUUGGAUUCUUGAAGCACUGGUAUGGCAGAGGGUUGGACUGGAUCUCUUGCGAAUCAACACUAUGAUUCUAUUAAUUGCUUCCAGGUCUCUUUUGGCAGUGAGAUGCUUUGCAACAGGCAGCCAUAGGAAGAGGGUUAAAUGCUUCUCUUCACUUCAAUGUUGGCGAAGAAGCUGCCUGGCUUCUAAAGUGGAGUGAGGGGCAACAUUUUUUGUUAUUGUAUUGGUACAACCACUACAAAUGUGAAUCCCAAUAUUUAUGAAGUUUUAAGUCUUACAGCAUCAUAAAUACUGAUCAGGAUGCUGUCCAAAGUAUUUUUAUAAUAUCUCCCUUUGUUGGCAUUCUAGCAAUACAGCCUUGGUAGUGCAAAUACAUGUUUUACUUUUUGAUUUUGUGAGCAUGGACAUUAAUAAAGUAAAUUCAUCAGACAUGCAUAGCGUAGCAGGAGAGACAAAAAUGCUUUUCCUCUGCCUAUUUAAACUUUGAAUAGAAACAGCAAGUGGAGAAAGUGUGUAUAAGAGAGUCUAUACACGCACACACGCACACACAAUGGAGAGACAUUAGUUGAAAUCUAAGAGUAAGCAAACUAUAACCGAAAAAGCAUGUUUGCUUCUUUUAUUUUUCUGGAUGAUUUCUUGAAAAUGAAGGAGACUACUUGUAAUACAACCAAAAUACUGUCCCUUUUUUAAUGAUAGCACAAUGACAUGUUAUGAAUACUAUUUUUACAAUACUGCUGUUGUAUUUUAAAGUAGUGCUAUCAGUUUGACCAAAGAAACAUGAUUCUAAUUCUGAACAGAAAGUAAAAAAAGAUAAAAGGGAGAAUAGUCUUCAGUUACAAUGCCAUAAUCAUAUCCUUGCAGUAAAAUCUACUGAAGCUCAUUGGAAGAAUUAUUUUUGACCAGACACAUACAGAAUUGUGUUGAUAAUGACUUAGCAGUCAUGGCCCCAAAAUUCAUUCUCUUCUGCUACCCAUGUCUCUGAUAGAUAGUUAUGUUUAAAUGGUGCCAGUGAAUUUUAUGAAGAGGAAAUGCCUCAUUGCUUAUCCAUUGCAUUUCAUUUCUUUUCUGUUCGAGAAGUAAUUCUCUACUCUGACCUGUCGCUCCUUUGAGCUUUCUUGGUUGCCAUUAUAAACAAUGUAUACUACAUUGGCUUUGCUUAUUUGUAUAGGGAAGGCAUGCAAAACAAAACAGGGAGAGAGAGUACACAAAGAAACCACAACAAAAAGACUUGGCCUCAGACACUGUCUUAGGUGUUCGACUGUUUUUAGUAUUUUUGUUAGAUAUUUGCAAAGGGAAGCCUUUUCUACAGAGGAUAAUUAAUUUCAAGAAAAAUGUCUUGAGUUUUAAGAAUAAACAUGUCUCCAAAAGAGGAGACAGUCAAUUUUAUAAAAUGUCACAACUCUCCAACAUUUGGGGUAGUGACCUUUCUUUUGUUAGGACCUUUGAAACUAGCAAGCAGCCAUCGUUUCUAAAGAACUAAGUAUCCACCUCUAUCCAUUCUCUUCAUUUCCUUCAUUUUUAAAUAGCAGAACUCAUUAAAACUGUAAAUAUUUUGUUGCUUGAAUAAGCAUCUUCUGAGAACUUUGUAUCUAUGGUAUAUAAUCAUAGAAUUUUAUAUUUUCAUAUAAAGCUAAUUUUUUUCUAGUUUCAACUUCUUCAUAGUUUUUUUCCCUUUUGUGGUGGAUAUGUGAAUACAUACUUUAUGUGUAUUGAAGUAGUGAAAUACCAUCACAUUCCAAAAAAAAUUUAAAAAAUUCAACACAUAUUAUUUCUUUGGGACAGUGAUUGUCAAUGCUGGAUUUUCUUUCAAUUCCAUUGUCAGUGUGUGCAAUAGGAAUUAGACUUAACCAGUCACUGAAUAAGUUUUGUCUCAUUGAUCCAUUGGGGAAAUGUGGUGUUUGGUUUGGGGAAGUUAUUAAUUUUUUGAUUUGUUUUUUUCCUUUUUGUAACUUGAAGAAUUUCCUUUUUGUUAUGUUUAAAGGUAUAUCAAAACAUUCUAUUAUAGUGUUAUUUAAUAUGUAAAUUGUAUUGCUAUACAUAAAAUAAAGUAUGGUUUUUGAUGUA